GAUGUCUGCCAUGUACUUUUGUCAGUUUUCAAUUUUUUUUAUUGAUGAUCACUUUGUUGGUGCAACUAAAUAAAUAAAUAAAUUAAAACUAUAUAUAAAAAUAAAAGUAGUGCCAACCCUAGCAAAUUUCUCAUUUCGUCCCAAUUAACCGCAAUUUUCGGGUAAAUAGGGAUUACACCUAUUUUUGCAUUUUUUGCUUAAACUGGAAUGCUAGUUGCAUAAUUUUAAAUUAGACAACAAAGAUGCCCCCAAGACUCAACCAUUUUGAUCCUGAUAUAGCAUUAUAUACAUCAACAACUACCUUAAAAUUGCUCAUAAAGUUGGAAUUUGUCCCUAAUCGCCCCAUUUUACGGUACCUACUGGGUUUCCUACUUCAGUGGUACCUACAUACUUAUGUACUUUUAUUAUUUUGACAUGGCCAUAAUGGCAGUUGCAGUUGGAAGUUUUCAAUUUUGUUGGCUCAACAACAGAUGGCAGCAUUGUGUGGAAAUGUGCCUUCUUGUCUUUUGCUGUUUUGUUACGCUGGUGACACUUUUUUUCUAUCCCGGUGGACGGACUACUGCGUGUCUGUCAUUCUUGCCUCUGCGAGUGUGACCUUCGCAGUCCGAAUAGUGCGAAACCUCGUCUCCUUCGAGGCCUCUGGAUGUGGAGACGGAAGGUCUAGCCUAUAAGUAUUCGUGACGAUGUGCCCUCCGCAAACGUAGACGGCCAUGUCAUAAUGAACCAUGGUAGAACUUUCGGCUAAUGCAGGUGCUGACAACAGGUAAAGGCGGUUUCGGCCGUCACCGGCACCGCGUCCUCGGGAAGGAUCAGACAACAGACUCCCAUCAUUAAGGUCAUAUGACUGCGUAAACGCUUCGGCCUGCUUGGGGUUAGCAGUGUCAUGUUCCCGUCGCAUUGGCAGAAAUAAUCUUACUUAUACCACGUCCCGUGGUUACGGACAUCUUCUAAGAGAUUCAUCACCCAGACAAAAUUAUAUAAAAAAAAUCCAGGCAAUAUAAAAUGACCAUCGAAACCGUCAGCAGACGUGGCCACCAAAUUUUGACGCCCAGCUUAAGACAUGAGACCCUCGUGAAUUCUCAAUUAAAUUGCACAGCUGUUGUCCCACUCUUCAAAUUGGAACGCAUUAUUUUUUAUGCCACAAAUUAUUAUGACCAUACAUUAAACUGUUUCAACGUAAUAAAAGUGCAGCGUAGAAAAAGUAGGGAGAGACCGGGGCAAAAUGAAGUUCGGGGCAGGACGGGAAGUAAGCUUAUGUCCAUGAAUGGUAAUCGUGUUCGGACCGGUAACGGCGCCAUUUGCACGAAAUUCAGACUGCGCAAGUGCGUCCGAGCAGAGCGAACGUGUUGGAUCUCGUUUUUGCGGUGUAUAGGAAAAAAAACUGAUUUUGCAAGUGUUUUUAUCCGGUUUUUGGUUAAGAAACUGAUGUGCAGACAUAUACAAUGGUUCGGAACUAUAAACGAAAAACAGAUCGUGGCAAAUGUGACCCUGAAGUUCUGGGUCUCAUGGGUUCUUAAUAACAGGAUGGGGCUUCCUCGAGCCUCAGCCACAUAUGAUGUUCCGCCGCCGUGUAAGAAAAGCUCGUGAUACUGUGGAUGACGACACUGAUUCCGAUAACGACUAAGUAUGGGAAAGUAUGGGCAUUUGUGACGAUUCAAAACUGUUUUACAGCAAAACAAGAAGAUGAGUUGGCGCAAUGUGUGAAAUCUGGAAGCACGGUUAACAGGAAUAUAACUUCGUGUAAUAGCUUAUCAGUUGGCUCAGCGAAAUCAUAUAGAUAGUCCACUUAAUGAAGAAACUGUCAUGGCAGGAGAAACCGUUACCGGCUCGCGUACAGACGCCCAAAACCAACAACAGCCGCACGAGCUAUGCAUAGCAUAGUCAUGGAACGCAUAUCCCACCCAUGUACAAUAUACGCUCGGAAGCAGAUGCGAGAUGAACUUUUGGAUGAACGGAAGCGGAUGAAGACUGAUGGACAGAAGAUUAAAAAAGAUAAAAAACGAAUACAUAAAGUUGGAAAUAAGAAGAUAAAAAGGACGGAAACCAAGCGUCAAGCUAAAAGACUCGCCAAAGAAAUCGAAUCGGAAUAUAGUUCAUCUUAAUUGGAGGACGGUGACUGGGCCUGCAUCUAUUGUGGUUACUUAUACUAAGAGUCAACCGAUGGUUGGGCUAUCUGCAGUAUUUGCCAUGUUUGGGCACACGAUUCCUGUGCCGGAGUAGAUGAAGAAGACGACGAGGCACACAUUUGUGAACGCUGUCUGCCCGAUUAAAAUACGUACUCCCUUUGCCCCGUAGCAUUUCCCAUCUUACCCCGUCCAUGGGGCAAGAUGGGAAAUUCGCCGCAUUAUCGUUAAUCAUUAUUUGUCAAAAAAAAUCUGUGAUUUUGCAUGAUCAAAUUAUUAAUUUUAAGAGACAAAUGUUUGGGUUACUUGUUUUCUUAAAGAAUUUAAUUAAAGAGUAUAAUUGUCUUUGUA